AUGAUAGGCGUCAAUUCAUCCCUCUUCUUACUUGGCUACAGCAGUAUCUACUUUGCACAAUCAGUUAAUUCUGAGCCCUCUCCAGGUACUUUUACAAAUCCAAUACUCGAUGGAGGCGGGGCCGAUCCCUGGGUGAUUCGACAUGGCGACUACUACUAUCUGGCACAGAGCACCAAUACCAAUAUCACCGUCCGACAGAGUGAAUCACUGACAGACUGGAACAACGCAACGAUCAAAACAGUAUUCACCCUACCCGAAAACACAUCUUACACCUACGAUAUAUGGGCACCUGAAUUACACUAUAUUGAUAGCUAUAACAAGUGGUUUAUCAUAUUCACAGCCGAUGUUGAUCCAGAUUCACCUUCACCCAUGCAAGAUAUGCUAUGUGACUUCACUUGUCCCGCCGUCAACCACCGCAUGUUCGUUCUCGAGUCUAGUACAUCCGACCCCUGGAACUCUGAGUAUUCCUUCAAAUCCGAGCUCGAUACGUAUGACCAAUUCGCCAUCGACGGAACCUAUUUUGUGCACUCAACAGGACUAUACCAUGUGUACUCUUGUUGGGAAGGAAAGUACAUCUCAUGGCCCGCUAUGCUCUGCAUAACGCGAAUGAGCGAUCCGUGGACGGUGUCGAGUCCCGAGUCCGAGCGACAAAUCAUCUCAAGGCCAGACCAACCAUGGGAGAAAACACCCUACAAUCGGACAGUCAAUGUCCGUUUAUCGUCCAAUGAAGCUCCUCAACAACUCGCCAAUCCCACCACAGGCCAACAAUUCAUCAUCUACUCCGCCGCACGCAGCGACAACCGCAAUUACUGUUUAGGACAACUCGAAUUGAUUGGAGACGAUCCGAUGAAUCCUGCCUCCUGGGACAAACAUACCGAAGGCUGUAUUUUCUACGAGAAUCCUGAUGAACAUGUCUAUGGAGUGGGCCAUGCGAGCUUUACGAAAAGUCCCGAUGGCACGGAAGAUUGGAUUGUCUAUCAUGGCAUGGAGGACUACGAGACCGGAUGGUCGGCCAGGACGAUCAGAGCGCAGAAAUAUACUUGGAAUGAAGAUGGGAGUCCGAACUUUCCCAGACCGGGAAUAGGUCCUUUUCCUAUACCGAGUGGGCAGACAGAUGAGUGGACCGGGGUGUAG